AUGGUCGAGAGCGUCCGCUUUCUAUCUUACGUCGGCGGCUCUCUCCCCGAAGCCGUCGGCGAUGCGCUAUCCACCCAGGUCAAGUUAAUAUCCGUCAUGUGCACUUGUGAGACCCUCCUAUUCCCCCUCGAGGUGCCCGAUAGCCCUGCCGACUGGCAGUACGUGACAAUCAGCCGCUUCUUCGGGCACAUCUUCCGCCCAGACCGUGAUGGGCUCUCUGAGCUGGUCCUCGUCCGUCAGCCCGACUACGAGCAGUUCCAAGGCGCCUUCUACACCUUUCCUGAGCGUCAGGAGUACGCCUUCAGCUACCUCUUCGCGCAGCAUCCGCACCAUCCAGAGUCGUGGGUCUUCCGGGCCCGCACCGACGACAUCAUCGCCUUCACGACAGCAGAAAAGCUGAAUCCCAUCGCCAUGGAGAGCGUGAUUGUGGCCAGUCCCAAGAUAAAAUCCGCCGUCAUCCGUGGCCAGGGCCAGUUCCAGGCCUCCCUACUCAUCGAACCUUACAUCUAUCCGACCACCCCUGCAGAGGAGCGAUUCAUCCAGGAUAUCCAGUCGAGUCGCGACUGUCCAGCCCACGGCCGCAUCAUGAAAGGCUUCGUCAUGCUCACGAAGCCGGACAAGCCCCUCCCGCGUGCGGGAAAGGACACCGUCCAGCGCCAUGCGGUGUUCAAGCUCUACGCGGAAGAGUUCCAGGCCUUGUAUGAUCGGAUGCGGCCACAUGUGGAGAGCGAGACCAGUACGAUCGCGUCUCCCCAGCCAUUGGCAAAAGGCGCAUCCUCAGCUGUGAUACCGUCGACUUCCCUAGAUCAACAGAUCGAAGAGGCCCUCGAUCGUCUCCUCCCAAGUGCGAUCGAGAAAGCCGUACACGUGAUGCUAACACGACUCCUAUCGGGUCUGAACGGGGCAACAACCACUUCUUCUAAUCCUGCCGUCCCGUCUCCAACAACCGUUAAGAAAUCCAUCAAGAAUGGGAUCCACUCUGGCCCUAACGAUCUCAAAAAGUUAAUCUACAACCAAUUAUCCGAGAACCUGGACACAGAGAGACUGAAUGAUGAUUCAGAUCUGUUUCAAUUCGGGCUUGACUCGCUGCAGGUCGUUGAACUGGUGAAGAUGCUGAAUGCGUAUCUGGAGGAAUGGCGGCCCAAUGUAGACCGCCUCGAACGAAAGGCUGUGUAUAAUAAUCCAACUGUGAAUGGGGUUGUGUCGCUUAUGAUGUGA